AUGUUUUAUUUCAACAGUAGUGCAUACCGCACCUCUCCUAGUGGUACAGAGCCGCCUCCAGCACCACCACCGCCUCUGUUCCUGCCGCCGCAUCUGUCGCAUCUCUCACAGCAUCUUAGCCAUCUCUCGCAGCCGUUUUUCCCCCUUAAAGGAAUGCAUGGUUGGGGCGCUCCCUGUCCUUGCUGUCCUAAAGAAGAAGCUCGCUCCUCAAGCGUAGCAGAACUUCGCCGUAAAGCGCACGAACAUUCCGCCGCCCUUCUGCAUUCCCUCGCCAGCUUUCAGUCUCGAGCGCUGCUGCCGCUGCCGCUGCCUCUGCCGCUUCCACCACUUUCGUUAAUGCAGCAUGAAGCACCACUCCCACCAACAUCUACUCAUGACCAGCCUAAACACCUAGAAUAA